UCCACUCUCAUCUACCGUACUUGAAGGCUUCGUAACACCCCUUCUCCUCUCACAUGCCACCUCUCUGAUGUGGACAUUCCUCGGCGGAUGAGGGAAGAUCAAUUCUUCAACCGCAAUUCCCCUGAAUGAUCGCCCAAUCUUGAUAUCACCGAUAGGAGGCCUAGAUACGAUCGUCCGUCGGUCGGGAAGGGUGAAAGCGAUGAGCAGCGACAACAAGCGUCCUCAUCCACAUUUCAGACUUCCACUUGAACAUCACGAUCAUCCAUGGACCAUGCGAGGAUAUCGAGAAGACCUAGCAAAAUCACCAGAGUCACCUCAUGAAGAUCCUCUGGGUGAGGUUGCGUACCACCGAGCAUUCGCAAAGGUAGCGGCAGAGGAUCCUGGUCGCGUGCCAUGUCCCUCUUUCUAUCCUAAAUCUCCGACGGCAAGGGCAUACACAGAAUGGAAAGACAGUGUUCUGUUCUCACCUAGGCCAACCAAUGGACAAUCUCAACCCGGGCAACAGCCAAACACGCCAACGUCUGAUCACCCGGCCGUUCACCAAACCCUUCCUUUGCCAAGGUACAACGAUGAAGCUCCUUUCCAACACCACAAAGUCAAUGGCAACGGCGGCCCCUAUUCCAAACCCAGUUCUGGAUCCAGCACGCCUUCGCUAAGAAGAGGAUCUCAAGUAUCGCCCACAGAAAUCCGGACAAUCGCUGGACAAGAUGUGCCAAUGACCGACGCACCAACGACAGGUAUACCAAUGACGAUGGAACCUAGGCUACAUGCACCAACGGGUCCGACAAGGAUGUUGCGAUAACGUUAGUGAGGUCUCAAGUGCUAUCCGGCCACAAACGUUGGUUCCUUGGCGACGGGAGGGGCAUCCAUGAUGAGUUACGAUACACCCUUUUAUUGUUUUAUACUCAAACCAUUGGCAACCAUGGUUCUUCACAUAGUGCAAAGCAGGGAUAUAUGAGGGACGAAAAGACGAGGCGGCACCUGAUUCAACAGUGUUAUAUGACCAUACCUCGAAACAGAAGACGGUACGGCGAAAGUACAGAGAAUAUAAUGCUUGCUAUCCAGGACUGCGAAGAGUUGAUGGGGAAAUCUGAUACA